AUGUUUGUACGUAAAUUACAAAAUUUAGGAUUAUUGAUAAUUUUAUUAUCUGUUAUCAAUACUUCCUCCCAUCCAUAUCCUAUACAAGAAGAAUCGUUUCGUACAUAUCCCGUACAUAGAGUAGCGUUUAAUCCACGAGGAUUUCGAACUAUAAAAGAAAUAUGCAUUCAUUGGUACGAUUAUACUCAAAAUGAGAAAUGGACUGAUUGCAACAUAGAAACUCGAAGCCCAACAUCAUAUACAUCUCCGGAUUGGUCAGUAGGAUACAAACUCUCUAUUCAUUCAGAUUCUGGCACGUUUCAUGAAGAUUCAAUUCUUUGGUGGGAUGACUAUGUAGGAGGAAUAUAUUGUAACGAUAUACAUUUUCAUAUACGUGGUAUUAAUACUGUACUUAAUUUUAAAUGGGAGAUAGUUGCCGAUAAAUGUUUCUGGGAAUAA